AUGGCCCCGCCGACUCCGACAAAGCUGGCAAACCUCGCCAUCCACACAAACCAUGGCACGAACAUUAGUGGGCCGUCUUCGGCCCGCCCGAAUCUCAGCGUCAACGUCGACAGAUCCGACACCCACAGCUUAGCCCCUAGCGUGGGCGCGUCGAGUUUCUGGAGCGACAAGAAACUCCCAAGGCUGCCUAAGCGGAAAUGGGUGUUAGGAGCGUACGACAACAAACUGUUACCCCCCAUCCCACCGCGGUCACCGAGUGGUGUCUCAGCGACGUCAACAGCAGCGUUCAGCAUCCCGAGCACGAGUCCGCAGAAGAGUCUGGCGCCCGCCAGUCUGCCCAACCUCCCCACGCGGUACAUUUCUGCCUCUCCGCCGAGCUCGAGCGCCGGUGGAGUUCUCGUCCUGCCUGACGGAACGACGCUGGCGACGGGCGACAAUGGAGGAAGGCCGGAGCGUGACCCGGCUCCGAGCACGAGCAUGAUGCAUGCCGUUGCUCACUCCAGCCCAAACUCGCCAUGGAGCUUGUUGACAGUUCAUGUGCUGCCUGUCUUUGCGGGGAGCCCGUUACGCACCCCAAUAGAAGAUUUAAACUCGCAUAUCUCCUCGGCCUCGCAGCGCACGCCAGCCUCAAGACUAGUCCAUGUACUGACGAGUGAUCUGAGGGACCUCAUUGCCUCGGGCAUGUUCACUCUGAAAGCCAAGUUUGACGGACUUGAGGAAAACAAGCUCGUGUCGAGGACAGCGGAGGUGUGGAACUUUUUCUGGGGCCAGAUUCUACCUAUCCGGGAUGUGCCUUCCAGCUCGACGGCGCGCCCCGCAGCGAUCAUCCAGGAGCCGCCAAUCCCUGUGCGGCACAUUCUGCUCUCCGCCUUCCUCUUACACAUUCUGCUGCCCCUGCUUCCUCGUCUGAUACCCCUGGUCGCGGCCAUUCAGACCGAGGACGGUGGGCCAGACCUUCAGCGGCUGCUCCAGAUGUCGCUCGUAUUGAGCACGCAGGCGCGGUACUCGAGCUUCUUCCCAACUUUGAGCCCGCACGAGGCACACCUCCGGGACGAGGAGACACGGGAGAGCGUGGAGGAGCUCGGCCGCGCAGUCAGAUGGUCGAUGGCUGUCGCCGGACAACGGCAAGAGCAACGACCCGCACCCGAGCGCCAGCACUCCAACGCCUCGUCCAUUGACUCGGGCAACGGCUCUGCGGCGCCUACCCGCCCGACGCUCCAGCGUGGACCGAGUGUCAGCCAAGCUGGCCGACUCAGGCGGCGCCGCGGGACACUCGGCAACGGCACGCAGCUUGAUCGAGAAGGACGGGCUGUGAGCGGCAUCGAGAGCAUCUACGAAGACAACGAGCAGACGUUGAAGGAGCAGCACCCCGCCCUGAACGACAGUGUGCGGACGGUGCGGGGGUGGGACCAGACGCACCGGCGGCAAGACAGCUCGGGGAGCGGGAGCGAGGUCACGAACAUCAGCGCGACCGUGUCCAACGUGUCGCACACGUCGCGUCGAUAG